AUGCCUUCCCAGCCCCUGUCAACACCUGAAUCUACUAUCGGCCAGAGAAGGUUGCGGAAAGGCACGCACAGUUGCUGGGAAUGCCGUCGACGAAAGAUCCGCUGCCAAUUUCCAUCUACAAAUGCCGCUGUUUGCGUUCAGUGCAGCCUUCGAGGCAGUGUCUGCCGAAGGCAAGACUCUGGUGAUUUGGAGCAGCCGUCUCGGCGCAACCCAUCUCAUGGACAGCGUUUGGAUCAACUCGAGCAGCUGAUGCAGAGGCUUGUGGAUCGUAUCAUACCGGAUGAGAAUUUCGUAAGAAGUGAUGCAAGUGAGAGGCAACAGACCAUAUCUACAUCCAAAGAUGGGAAUGACCUUUUACCGCACAAUACCGAUACUCCAGGUACCCGCUCGGAUGAAACACCGGUCAGUUCCCUGCUAGGUCCGAGCGGCUCCGACUACACAUCUCCUUCCUUCCUCAUGACGGGGUCGAGUGACCGUUCCGGCCCCUCUUCCGGCGCGUGUGGAGAGGCCAAAGGGAAGGCGAUCUCGAGUGCUCUGCAUGCACUCUUUCCACCACAACAUGCCAUUGAUACAAUUGUCCAAUGCAGCCCUGGAGCUUUAUUCUUGACGAAGUUUUUCCUUUCGAGCGCUGACCUCAUUGCGGGGAAGACGGUGCCCCCUGCAAGUAUCACUAUUAUCCCGCAAAUUGAUGAUCACCCGUCCUUGCUGGCCAGGAGACUUCUUCAACUCGCUGUUUGUAUGCAACAACUUAGCCCGUCAUUUGACGAGAGGAUCCUUGGAUUAAGAUCACCCAUCGUACAAACGAUGGUCAACAUCUUGUCGUUGGUCUCAGACCUCGUUACUUGCAAUGAUGAUCUUGCGGGAACGCCCGAAGGCCUUGAAUGCCUUAUCUUGCAAGGUAUCUGGCAUGCGAAUGCAGGAAACUUGCGAAAGUCCUGGCUCACUUUCCGGAGAGCAUUGAGUCUUGCGCAGCUGAUGUGUAUUGAUUCUGGAUCGUUCCCCCUUGUUGGUAUGGAUAGCUCUUGCACUGUCGAACUCCAGACGUCCGCAUCUCUUGACCGAAUGUGGUAUAUUAUCAUAGCAUACGACCGAUCACUAUCACUCUUGCUUGGUCUUCAGAUUGGAUCACUGGAUAAUAGCUUUGCAUCGGAUGAAGCCAUGAAAAUGGAUAGCCCGGAAGACAGACUCCAGAAACUGCAUACAGUUAUUUCGGCGCGCAUUGUACAGAGGAAUUUAUCAAAGACAGCUCAAACAUAUGUCACAACCCAGGCGAUUGACUGUGACCUGGAUACUUACGCGAGAUCUAUGGGCCAGGAUUGGUGGGUAACUCCCAUCACAACAGCUUCCGAAACGUCUCAGCAGGUGUGGGAACAGACGAAGCGCCUGAUGAUUCAAAUCGAUCACCAUAGCUUGCUGGUGAUGCUGCACCUACCAUACCUUCUGCGCGAACCUACAGAAGAUCGAUAUAUCUACAGCAAGUUGACCUGCAUUCGUUCAAGCCGAGAGAUUCUUCACCGAUUCAUUAUUCUAAGAAACGACAUCGAGUCUCCUAACUCCUGUCGCCAUAUCGACUAUUCAUGCUCUAUAGCUGCCAUGACGCUCCUGCUCAGCUACCUAGUCAACAGAGAUACCCCUACAGGCGCAACCAAACCGACUGUCGAUCAGCGAGAAGAGGACAGCGCGCUAGUUCUCCGAGUUAAACACAGGCUAGAGGAAAUCGUGCUCCUCAAUCAGGACGGUGUAUCACGGGAAUCAGCACAUAUCAUAUCCCAGCUUCUUCCUGUCCUGGAAAUCACCAAACCUACAAGCAGGAUGUCUCUGGCAACCGGAAAAGGCAACGAAGGGACCGUUCGGCUCAACGUUCCUUAUCUCGGCAUCGUCAACAUCGCGAUCCCUACGCAAGGGAAUGCGACGCAUCAUGGUAACGUUGCUGAAACUAUAGCCGAACCUAUUAGUCGGUGCUUGCCCACGCUAUCCAUUACCUCUACAUAUUCCUCGGGAACAGGCUCGGAACUUGGAGAUCUAGGUGCUUCCUCCCACGAAAAUUGUGAAGCAAACCUGUUCCUACAAGUAGAUCCUCCAGGACCAGAGGAUGAUUUCGAUUUUGAUCUAACAGCGGAAGCUGACUACUGGCCCUUCCAAGGCGUUGAAACAAACUUCUGGUCUCUUAUAAAUGGCGGCAUGCCAAGACCCUGA